ACACCUGUUGAGCUGUCUAGGAGCCAUCAGCACACAUCACCACACUGUGAAUUAAAUGGAACUGAGCCUGGUUUUGCCGAAGAGAUGGCCAGCUUAGAUGUGCUGACAACAAGGUUUUACUCGUAUGAUAAAAUGUACCUUCAGGAGUCGCGUGAACAAAGCUUUGUGGACUGGCCGUUCAGAGAGGAAUGUAACUGCACACCAGAAAAGAUGGCCAAGGCCGGGUUUGUCCACUGCCCUAGUCAGAACGAGCCAGAUGUUGCCUGCUGUUUCUUCUGUCUGAUCGAGCUGGAGGGCUGGGAGCCAGAUGACGAUCCCUGGUAUGAGCAUAUGAAACGCUCCCCUAACUGUGCGUUCCUCACCAUGAAGAAAGACUUCACCGAGCUCACCGUGGCUGAAUUUUAUCUCAUGGAAAAGGAAAGGCUGAAGGUCUUUUACAGAAGGGUUUGUCAUAAGAAGAUGGCAUGUUUGCGGGAUGACAUAGACCAGACGCUCGACCACCUUAAAUCUCGGUUGGACUCUGAAAUGUGAAUGACUGAAUGAAAUGUAUGCUCUUGACUUUGGCCCAUCAAUGUUUCUUUGUGCUUACUGUUUUUUUUGUUUGUUUGUUUGUUUGUUUGUUUGUUUGUUUGUUUUUUAAAUGCCAAUAAAGUCUUGUGGAAUGACA